CCUCCUUCAUUCCUUGCUUUCCCUUCUGAGUAUUAUCUCCUUGCUUGCUUCUUGUCGAAUUUCUAAGUAGCUCUUUGCAUUGGAGGAAGGAUAUGAACACAAUCUCAUUGUUCAUUAGUAAAACACAUUUUUUUCUCCCCAUAAAUCUGUUUGUAAAGCAUGUAGAAUGGUGCUGCUUUUGCUGUAAGGUCACCAUAGGUGCAAGGAAAUCUCUGAAUAAUCAAUUAACAUUCACUGGAACCAUUUGUAUAAUUGUGUGUCUUGCUUUGCACAAAUUUUCUAACUAGUAUCUGCUUGCUAGGUAGGGAUGAUAGGGCCUUGACGUGGUGCUACUUCUGAAUAACAUGAACUUGUGAACUUAUUAUGAUUUCACUGCAAGUAUUUGAUAAACUAGGACUUGAGAAGGGCUGUAAUUCCGAAGGAAUUUCGAACUUUUAAGGACAAAGCCAGCGCCAUUAAUGCUACUGGUGUUAGCGAAGAGCUUUCUGGUAUGAUCAGGCAGUGGUUGCUUCCUGAGAUGAAAUUGGCUGUUGGAAAACCUGAAUAUAAAAUGAUAAUUGAAUCAGACUUGAAAAUAACCUGCGUCCACAAUGAGAUUGUGAUGGAGUUAAUGUGGGGCAUACAACAUCUCAUGCACAAGUUUGUGCCUGAAGAAAAAGUAGAGGUGGCAAAAGAGGACCGCCUCCCCAUGAGUCAAGGACUAAAAAUCGUCCUGAGACGUUAUGGAUUUGAUGUCAAACCAGAGAUGGUCAAUGAUCAGAUCGUUGAGACAGCAGGUGACCUGUUUGAGUGUGAUGCGGUCGAAAAGUUAUUUUCAUCUUACUUGCGCAAUGUUAGUCUGUGCCUUAAGGAUACAUCUUGCAUUAAUUGUGAGAAUUGGGGCAAUCUGAAGCUUGCAACAGCUCUGAUAGUGAUAUUUGGCCCUGAAGAAGACGACAAUGAUUUUCGUAAGGUGCUUUCAGAAGAUGAGGUAUCAAAGUUGAUGGAUGAUGCACGUAAAUAUUAUGGUGUUCUGUCGAUGGCCCUUAGCUUGAGAACCUACGAGAAGAUUCGGUCUGCCUAUCGAGUUAGGAAUGAAAAGAAAAUAUUGUUGGAGUCCUUAAUUAAGAAAGCUAAGAAAGCGUUUGAAGCAGAACAAGCCCAAGUGUGUGAGAAGGGUAAGGUGCAUGGAGAGUCAGAGCAAACUCCUCAAGAGCAUGUGAUCUCUGCAUCUAAGCCACCUUAUGCGUAUGAGCAUCCUCUGCCGAAGGGUCUCAAGAGAUCCUGGAAUUCUACUUUUGAGCCAAAUGUGCUCAAUAAGUCUACCUUUUGUGAAAGCUUAUCACUUGGUGAGACUGGGAGCAGGAGGAUUGCAAGUAUUUCUGAAGCCCAGCCUUCAAGUUCCAAAGCCAUUGUGCCAUAUAAGCCUUUUCCUCAUGCUGUGCUGCUGAAUCAGAACAUUGAUGUUGAUAAUCUUGUGGGCAUUUCUGCAGUGCCUCCUCCUUUGACUGAAUCUGUAGAGCAAGUUGAAGUUCUUGGUGAUGGCAAGGAUGAAGACCUUUGUUUUAGCUGAGUUUUCAGACAUUUCAUCCUCCAGUUAACUGCCAAACGCACGGAUGGACGGCAAUGGCACAGGAGGAAACGAAAGUUGGAGCAGUGGCUGAGGGAAAGAAAAGUUUUCCAGUGGGUUGUAGGGAAUUGCAAUCUUUUAUAAUGGUACCUAGGGAAUUGGCUCAAAGCCAAUAUACCGUAUGCAAACACUACAAGAAACCCCACCCACUGCUAAUUAGCUGUAUCUAUUUUCA